AUUUGUCCCAAACAUCAUGGUGCCCUGAAAUGGGACCAUUUAUAAAAAGUGUGGUUUGGUUACAUGCUCAAACCAAAAUUUAUUAAAAUAUCCUUAAAUAAAAGCUGAGUGUGCAUUUUAACUGUAUGUGAAUUGUUUGAUUAUAAAUCCAAAACUGUAGAGAACAGAGCCAAAUAAAAUGUAUGUCUUUGUCCCAAUCAUGGCAUUCACUGUAUAUUGAAUGUUUUGACAUAUUUUACCAUAAAUUAACAAAUGCCCAACUGAUAUUUGCAUUGUAAUUGUAAUGUAGAAAUGUAGAUAAUGUAGAAUACUUCUACUGUGUUUAUCAUUCAAGUAGUCCUAUUUAUUGUGUUGCCGUCACCCAACCGAUGUGCAAGCAUGAGUGAUGAAUGAAGUCUUUUCAGUAAUUGCACAGGCGAGUGUAAAUGUGUGCGCUCAGAUGAUGCUGAUCUCAUCUGGCAGCCCUGUUUUCACUCGUCCCUCACCUGCCUUCACCUCCCAGGCAGGGUGGGGCUAGCAACCAGGACUCUGCCUGUUGCUCCUCGGUUUCUCACAGAGCGAGAGAGAGAGAGAGAGCGCAUCACUUGCGACCAGUGCUCUACACGCACUCUCAUAGCAGACUUUUCAGACUUCGCUGAAGCCCCAACCGGUCAUGAACCUGGAAAGCGGUGGCCUCAUGGUGGAGUGGUACCUGAGGUCCAGACAGGUAGGCAAGGUGAGGCGACGGGUGCAGGAGAUGCGGUACCCCUCGGCCACGACGGCGAAAAUGGACCUGAGCCACAACGAGAGCGCCAGGCUGGCCACCGACGCCCUGCUGGACCGAGGCCUCGCAGCCUAUCGGGAAGCGCUGGCCGGCGAAGGGGAGGUGGACUUCCUGUCUGAGGAGGAGAAAGCUUACAUCCUAGGGAACGCCAGGGACCUGACGGACAGCGGCCGCCGCUGUGAGGUCGAGGAAGAGCAGGAGACCGUGUCCUCCCCUUCGGGGUCCUCCGAGAUGUACCUCCCGUUCCACUCGGAGAGCGAGCCGCCGGGCCUGGACUACGGAUGGCCUGUGGCCGACUGGGGCUAUCACCUGCAGGGCAAGCCCAGAGUAGAUGUGUACUUUCAGUCUGACAGAUCCUCCAGAUUUAAAGACCUGCUGAGAGAGUACAUCAACAAAGCCACUACGCUUCUGGCAAUUGUGAUGGAUACCUUCACAGACGUGGAGAUCCUCUGUGACAUCCUGGAGGCCACGAGGAAGCGCAGAGUGUCCGUAUACCUCCUGCUGGACCACGUCAACCUGCACCUCUUUGUGGAGAUGUGCGAGAGCCUGCGCAUAAGCAGCUCUCAUCUUAAUAAGAUGUCAAUUCGUAGUGUUCAAGGAGCGACGUACUGUGCGAAAUCUGGGAGGAAAUUCACCGGUCAGAUUAAAGAGAAGUUUGUCAUCAUCGACUGUACUCACGCCCUUACGGGUUCAUUCAGCUUCACCUGGCUGUCCUGGCAGGUCCACAGGAGCAUGCUCGUGCUCAUCAAGGGCAGCGGCAUCAAGCCCUUCGACCUGGAGUUCCGCCGGCUCUACGCCACCUCCAAGCCCGUGCCAGAGUUCCCCAACAGGGUUCCCCCGCCGGACGUCGUCCAGCCCCCGGGCCGCAGAGCGCAGCCACGCCCAGUGCACCCGCCCCCUGCUGCAGCUACCCCCGUGCAGGCUGACCGUACCUUACCUCAGCAUGUAGCCCCACCCAGGCCGUGCGACGCCAGACCCACACCCGUGCCUGCGCCCCAGAAGAGCUACACGCAAGCAGCCAGAGCGCAGUACAUCCGCCGAAUGCAGCCCGUAAGCCAGCCCGUCGUCCAUCUGAGGUCUCUAAAUGACAACACUGCUGGGAACCUGGGCUGGCGCUUGAGGAACAUCUACGGAGGGGCACUUGGAAGGCCGAAUGGCCAGUUUCUGAGAUCAACCAUUGGUUACUCCUCCUUCAAUAAACCGGACACCAAACCACAGUGACCAUGUUCAUGAUUGAAACUAAGCAACCCAUGAGUUUCCAGCCUUUCACUUAGUGCCAAAUGCAAAUGUUAAUUUUACUAAAUUAAAAAUUAAGUGUUUUACAAACAAAGAUGUGUUCAUUUUAGAAAUUAAGGAAGGUAUCAAAAUUAUUGCUUAUGUCUAGACUGACCAUUUUGGUUCAAUGAAACCUUCAAAGCACUGAAGUUUCACUCAAAUUCUUUUACUUAUUUUAGAUGUCAUGAAGAGAAUGUUUUUGGAUAUUAUCUGUAUAUUAAUGUGAAAGCAAAAAAGGGAUAUAGCAUUAAAAGAAUUAAGAUUUUGACAUUCAUCUGAACUGGAAUAAAAAUGAUUUAAACCUCA